GCCUUUUGGCCUUGACGACGCCUCCACGACCCAAUCUCCGUAUAUGAUGAGUCAUUGCUGUCCAUAAAACCACGCUAUUACGCUAUAGCAAGCAAACGUCGGUGCUAGAUGAGUAAUUCGGUUGGUAGUCAGGCUUAGUGAACACCAUGGCCAGGCCGGCAUUCACAUCCAAUCCCGAAUUCCGUCUUGAAUAUAAAAGUCCUUCCAUCGCUGGCAACUAGCAGGUCUCCACGAAACAAGGCCGAACUCGAGAAAUCACACAUCGAUCAUGACGCAACGCCUGCAGCUUCCCGAUGGGCGAACCAUGGAGUAUGCCAUCCUCGGCGGCCAAGGCGCCCUGCCUCUCAUCUUCUUGCACGGCACUCCUGGCUCAUGGAUUCCCGCCCCCGGCCUUGAGGCUACUUGCAAGCAAAAAGGCAUUCCUCUCAUCACCUUUUGUCGUGCGGGCUACGGUGACUCCUCGCGCCAAGCUGGCCGCAGGGUUGUGGAUGCAGUGAAGGAUGUGCAAGCUCUUCUCGACCAUUUGGGUUACAAGAAGUGUAUUGUGGGAGGCUGGUCCGGCGGAGGCCCCCAUGCGUUGGCUUGUGCAGCUCGCCUGCCCGCAUGCGCCGCCGUGGUAGCCCUUGCCACCGUUGCGCCCUACGAUGCCGAGGGCCUCGACUGGCUAGCUGGUCAAGGCCAAGACAACGUGGAGGAAACCCAAAUGUCUCAGAAAGGCGAGCAGGUACUCCGCGAAUAUCUCCGGCCGCAGUACGAUGAAAUGCUCAAAGCAACGACCGCCGAAACGCUGCAGAUACUCUCAUCCAUCUUCCCCGAUGUGGACAAGAAGUGUUUGCUGGAGAAUGAAGAAAUGGCCGAGUUCUGGGAAAAGGGUCUGCAGCAGGCGCUCAAAAAGGGCAUUGACGGGGUCGUGGACGACGAUCUCGCCUUCAUUGAGCCUUGGGGCUUCGACCUGGCCGAGAUUAAACGCCCGGUGCUUGUCUACCACGGUAACUUGGAUUUGAUGUGCCCAUAUGCCCACGGGCAUUGGGUUGCCGGCCAUAUUCCCGCCCAGCACGUCACGAGAAAUUUGAAAGAGGGCCAAGGCCAUCUGUCCAUCUGGCUCGGCAAGGAAGGAGAGAUGCUUGACACGCUGGUCUCAUUGGCAAACAAGACGACCACGUGUUAGAGCUAUGGUGCUUGUUUGGCCAUGCAAUGAGAGCUAUCUAAGACGAGCUGCGUACUCUCGCAAAAGAAACUGGAUAUCGAAGCCAGCCUUACGAUUGUGAGGGUGGAGAACGAGCAGUGGACCAAGAAACGCCAUAUCAGCAGCUCCGCAAAAUUGUUUCUGGAAUAGGUAGCUAAAGACGCCAUAUAAGCAAAGACUGUCCAAAAGUCUUGAGAACAACCUGAUGGAGCAAUUCACAUUGUCCGCAACGAGUGGAUUCCCCUCCUCCACUUCAAAGCCUCGGCCCCUCCAAAGCCCGAUGUCGCAGCAACUCCACCACGACGACCCUACACACUGCCCUCGCUCAUUCAUGACGA